AAGUCAGACCAUACGUUUUACAAUAGGCAUCCUGUAUAGGACAGGAAACUUGAGGGUCUGUUUUGAAUAUGGUUAGUUAGGAAAUAUAGAUGUCUCUUGUUUGACUAAAUGGUGAUAUUGUCCAAUUUAAAGAUCAUGGGACAGUAUGGUAUAUCCGGACCCAACUUGUUUUUCAAGUUGUUGCAUUAUGGAAACAGGAGAAAGGCGGGGGUCCAAACAUGUGAUGCCUGCAAAUAAGAAUGCUAGAAAAUCUAUAUAAGGUUAGUUUUGCUUUUCUGAGGCAGAAUUGUUCGGAGAUUCGGCAAGAACACAUUCUCCCGAGCUGCUGCAGAGCUUGGUUCUGACGCCUGACUUGUGACUAAAUAAAAUCCCUUUGUUCGGUACAAGUCCUGUGUCAGUGGGGUCUUUUCCUGCAUCAUCAACUCAUCACCUAUUGUUCAUAAGAAGAAGGAAGCCUGACAAAAACGACAUUACAUUUGGGCGGAGCAUAGCAGCAGAUAAUAGAAAUAUAAAUCUGAAAUAAAUAUUUUUCUUUGUCCCGGAACAAAGUUUUAACAUCAUUUGAGGCGAGAAAUGAGUCAUUUAGAAAUCAAACAUGUGGUUUGUGUAUGAAGAUAUGACGUAUUUAUAGUUUGGCAGCGACGUUUGUCGGAGGUGAUAAGCUCCGCCUCUGCGGACGCUCGGCGCUCACUGUGCCCGGCACAGAGCAGCGUGACCUCGGCCUGUCCUGAUGAAAUGAUCCGCUGGCUCAGACGUCGCUGUCAUUAGAUGCUCGGUGUGAUCCAUAGAUUUGUUGUUGACGUGUUAUUUUAUCAACACCGUAGGUGGCGCUAAUGAGGCUGCAGCACUGCAGCACUACAGCAGAACUACAGCAGAACAAUACAUACAUACUUGCAUACUUGAGUAUUGAGAAACAACCACAUACUUGUGAAGUCCCGUACUUGGCAAGUAUAUACUCCCAGCGUACUUCUCAAGUAUAUACUUCCCAAGUAAGCAAGUACAUACUUGCUUACUUGAGUAUUGAGAAACAGCCACCGUCUUCUCUUUGAAACACACCUGUCCUUGUAGUUCAUCAUUGUGUCCACCAGAGUGCGUCAUUAAGACAACAGUUUGGACUCAUGUUGGACAGAAACUCAUUCAGACUGUUUCUUCCUCCAGGAUGGACCAUGCUGGAGAGCAGAGGUUAAAACCUGGUGUCAGGAAGUAUUCAUGUGAACUGGAACUGGACACAAACACAAUGCACAGAAAACUCAUACUGUCUGACGACAACAGGAAAAUGACCUUUGUGACAGAAGAUCAGUCGUAUCCUGAUCAUCCAGACAGAUUUAAGUUCUGUCCUCAGCUGCUGUGUAGACCUGGUCUGACUGGUCGCUGUUACUGGGAGGUCGAGUGGAGAGGAAGAGUUAAUAUAUCACUGAGUUACAGCGGAAUCAAGAGGAAAGGCAUCAGUUCUGACUGUUUGUUUGGACGUAAUGAUCAGUCCUGGAGUCUGUUCUGCUCUGAUGAUGAUGGUCACUUUCUCCUUCACUGUGGGACACAAACACCCAUCAUGUCCUCUGUCUCUCACAGAGUAUCAGUGUAUGUGGACUGUCCUGCUGGGACUCUGUCCUUCUACAGCGUCUCCUCUGACUCACUGAUCCACCUCCACACCUUCAGGACCACAUUCACUGAACCGGUUUAUCCUGGGUUCUGGGUCUGUCGUGGUUCCUCAGUGUCUCUGUGUCCUCUGUAGGACAUGAAGAGACAGCAGCUUCAGUGGUGGACGAGGUCAAAGCUCGUCUCAGUCAUUCUUUGUUGAAACCAUCAAUAAAUAAAGACUUAAAAAAUCAA